AUGGCCACGCAACCACUCUAUCCUGCGUAUUUGCCUGUGAGGCCCGAGGGCUUCACGCCGACGCUGGAUCUCGCGCUGUUCGAAGUAGAUGAGCCGGGGUUGCGCGCAGAUCCUGAACUACCUGAGAUUAAGACUGCGAAGACGAAGUUGAAGAAUAUCACGCCUCGGAUAGGUACUGAGAUUCGCGAUCUCCAAUUGAGUCAGUUGUCGCCGGAUGGUCUAGAUCAGGUGGCAUUGUUGGCUGCCCAGCGAGGCGUGCUUGUAUUUCGAGAUCAAGACUUUGCCGACAUUGGACCUCAAAGACAGAAAGAGCUCGCGACGCACUUCGGUCCGCUCCAUAAGCAUCCAACAAUGGGCUAUCCCCAAGGCACAGGUCCAGAAUUCCAAGUAGUAUACGCCGACGAGAAAGUAGGAACCCUUCGCGACCUCCUCGGUCCCCGAACAAGCUACGACCUCUGGCACAUCGACCAAACAUUCACCCCCAACACGCCCGGCACCACUUUCUUCUGGGUCCUCGAGCCUCCCGCCUCCGGAGGCGGCGACACAGCCUUCACCUCCCUCCGCUGGGCCUAUGAAGCUCUCUCGCCAACUUUCCGAUCAGGUCUCCACCGACUCAAGCUACUACACACGAGCGCCAGCGUCGGCGAAGUCGCGCGGAUCGGACAAGAGCGCGCGCUGAAAGAAGCCGUUAAGACCGAACAUCCACUCGUCAUCGCGCAUCCGGUAACGCGGGAGCCUGUGCUGUUCGUGAACCCGACGAUUGCGCGCCAGGUGGUGGGGUAUAAGCCGAGUGAGUCGGAGAUGUUGUUGGGGUUCUUGCAUGAGCAUAUUCGUUCGUUGGAUUUUACGUGUCGCGUCUCGUGGGAGAAGGGGACUGUGGUGGUUUGGGAUCAGAGAACUGCGGCGCAUUCGGCGGUUCCUGAUUUCAUUGAUGGAGAGAGAAGACAUAUGGUGAGGAUUAUUCCGUAUGGGAGUCAACCUCAGCCUGUAGGCUAG